AUGGUGGGGGAGAAACAAACCAAAAUAACCAUCAACCACUGGAAUAUUCCAAGAAGUUUGGAUCACUUAGGAGGUUGGUAUAACCCUAAAAUCGUCGACUACUUUGCUCAAUAUGCCGAUCUUCUUUUCAACCUAUUUGGAAAUAGGGUAAAAACUUGGAUAACUGUCAACGAACCACACUCCGUAUGUAUGCGAUUAGUGGGUCGUUUACGAAACAUAUAUAACACAAUUCCGAGUGGUGUCGCUGAGUACAUUUGUGGUCACAAUUUCUUGAAGAUACACAGUGCAAUAUGGAAUAUCUACCAGACGAAAUAUAAAAAGUCACAACAAGGAAGACUGGGUAUAGCGCUGAGUUUGCAGAGCUACUUGCCAAUGACUGAUUCUGAAGAUGAUAAAAAAGCUGUGGAAAGAGCUCUUGUGUCUGCGUUUCGAUGGUUUUGCGAUCCAAUCGUUUUUGGAGAUUAUCCAGAAAUGAUGGUUGAGAGAAUUGAUCGAUAUAGUAGAGAACAAGGAUUCGCAGAAUCUCGUUUACCGAAAUUCACAGAAGAAGAGAAAAGACAGCUGAAAGGUUCUUUCGACUUUAUUGGAAUCAACAACUAUAUUACGCUAAGAGUGAAAGCACUUAAUGACACUGUGGACGAGAAACCGACUUUUCAAAAUGAUUUCGCAUUUGUAGAAGAAAGGGAGAAAAUUAACCAUGAUUACAAAAAGACAAUCCAGACGUAUUCAGAUGGAUUUGGAGACAUGCUCAGAUGGGUACAUGAAACUUAUGAAUUACCCGAAAUAUUCAUAGCAGAACAAGGUUAUUCCAAUUCAAGGAGCAUAAAU